UAGCCUGCGGUGGUGAGGGGCAAUGUCGGCGACCGUGGACACAGGCCAGGAGGCUGGCCUGAGCAAUACCGGUGACAAGGACCGGGACCUGCAGGUGCUGUUCCAGGAACUUUGCCAACUCCAGGCAAAACAGAGGAAGCUGAGGAGAGGUCAUAAGGUUUUUGAAGACUAUCUGAUCAAGGUCCUUGAGAAAGUCCCCAAGGGCUACAACCAAGGGGAGGAGCCAGAGGAGGCCCCGGUGGAGGCCAUGGUGGGGCACUAUGGGAAGCUCUUCUCAGUCAGCCAGGACAUCCAGAAGCUUCUGGAGGCCUUCUUCAAGAUGAGCCAGGCCGUCCACCAAAGCCUGAGGGAGUCUCUAGAGGGAGGCCAUAGGGCUCUUAUCCCGAGCCUCAAGAUCCGGCUCUUCCAGCUGCAGAAGAAGUGUCACCGCAAGCAGGAGCAGUGGCGGCAGCUGGAACACGGUGUCACCUACCAGAAAGACACAGGCAGCUGUGAUGUGAGAAGUAAGGUUGCUGAUCACAACCCUGAAAGCCUGAAGUCCACACCUCUGGAGCUUCCCAGAAGCCGGCUGCUAAACUGCAUGCAAAUGGUCAUCAACAGCGCGGCCCAGCAGUGCUGCGCCUCUGCCCACGGCAUGCCCAAGGGCACGGGUCUCUUCUCCAAGCUCGACCUCAUCCGGGAAUUUAUGUUGGACACAAUGGAGACUGUGAGAUUCAUCUCACUGCUCAGGGGACCCAGAGUGUGCUGGACAGCAGACAACCCCAAGGACCGGGGCCUCAGAAGGUACCCCAGACCAUUCAGGAAACAUUCAGAGAGUCAAAAUUCGAUCCCCAGGACCCCCUUUCCUAGCACCCAGACUUCAGAGUCCCCAGCCUGUACUGACACAACCCAGGGCCACCAGCCCUGCCAGCAUCACGACCAUCUCUUUACCUGCUUGGCCUCCUUUUUUCACUCCUGAGUGGGUGGGAGCCAGG